AUGGCCGGCCGCCUUCUAGAUGAGAGUCAUGUCAUUGCAGCCUUCAAGCAGCAGCUGGGCAUUCACAUCAAGGAGGAAGAGGAGUUCGGGUGGAUUGCAGAAGUUGGCAUUCAAAGCCCACUGCCACCUCGCUGGACGGCACACAGCGAUGCUUCCUCCGGCUAUGUUUAUUAUGUGGACCAUGACCGGCAAGUCAGCACUUGGGAAAAUCCACUUGUGCCCUGCCUCCGCAGAAUCGUGGAGAUAGGACGCAAUUAUCUCAAAUGCUACACAGCUGGGUAUUUCGAGGAGCAGAAAGGCAUUCUGUGGCACCAGCACAAACAGGAGCUGGACAAGUGGCAUGGACCAUUCAUGGAUGAUGCGGGUCGUCAGUAUUUCGUCAACUCGGAGGAUGGCAUCUCCUCCUGGCAGGAUCCACGAAUGGAUGCACAGUACGUUUUUGAGCUGGAGAGUGGGUUGCUGACAAGUCUCGAAGAGAUCUUGCCUCCAGCAAGACCAGACACUCCCAAUUUCGACCCCAAAGAUGGUCACUGGAAGACUGCAGAGGGAGCGGAAGUCCUGACCCUGGAUAGUCCGAAAGAGACCAAGCACAUCAUCAAUUCGGCAGCGCGCAAGACAUUCCGUGAACGGAAGUCUCGAACGCUGACUACAACGGCCCAGAAAAACGCACAGGCAGAGUACAGGUCUACCAUGGAACGAAUGAGCAGCGUUGCUGAACGCUUGCGAAGUUUGCAGAUGGAUGAUGAAGAAGCUCAACGCUUGCAGCUUCUGAGGAGAGCCGAGGACAGAAGGAAGCGACGGUCAGGUGGUACAGCAGCAUCUGCCCCUCCUGCACUGGCAAUCGCGCGCAUCCCGUCUUUAGCUGAAGAUCAGGUUCGCAAGAAGCCUUCAGCCCUGGAUGGUGAUGUCUGUCCGCGGCCGCCACUGUCACGGCAGGACACGCUACCGCCGCCACCGCCGCCUGACGAAGUCAUGCAAGAGGCCCUGGCUCCCAACAUAGCCCCCGCCACAUCACCGUCUUGCGCAGAGAACUUUGCGCCUCCGGCACACCCUCCGUCCCCACAAGCGGGCAAGCGACCGGCUGCUUCGCUUGCAUCAGCUUCACUUUUGUGA